AAAUCCAAGGAGCCAGAGACUUUUAAAGAAUUUUAGAUUAAGGUUGCAAAACUGUGACCGAAAACAACCCGUUAAUCCUGUCAGGUCCUCUCACAUCAUCACAUAAGAGAAAGCGGGAAUCUUCAAUUUUUCAGAAAAGACAGGAGGACGCCCGCCCUCGAGCCACCACUGCACCAUGUCGACGCAUGCGCAGAAUCCUGUUACCAGUAAAGACUGGGAUCCCAAACGGCACAGCAGUAGCUCGAGCGCACAUCUGAGUCAGUCAAAGCAGCAGCUGCAGCAUUUUGUUGACGGGGACAAGGACGGAGACAUGCCGGUGACCGAGAAGGACUUAGCCGACGAUGCCCCUUGGAAAAGGAUCCAGCAGAAUACCUUCACCCGGUGGUGCAACGAGCACCUUAAAUGUGUGAAUAAAAGGAUUGGUAACUUGCAGACUGAUCUUGGCGAUGGGUUACGGUUGAUCGCUCUGCUGGAGGUGCUGAGCCAGAAGAAAAUGUAUAGAAAGUACAACAUGAGACCUACUUUUAGACAAAUGCAGCUGGAAAACGUAUCGGUGGCUCUCGAGUUUUUGGAUAAAGAAAACAUUAAGUUGGUUUCCAUCGAUAGCAAAGCCAUUGUGGAUGGAAACCUGAAGCUGAUACUGGGAAUGGUAUGGACCUUAAUUCUGCAUUACUCCAUUUCUAUGCCAGUGUGGGAAGAUGAAGGAGAAGAUGAUGAUGCCAAGAAACAAACUCCAAAACAGAGACUUCUAGGAUGGAUUCAGAACAAAAUUCCUGACCUACCAAUCACCAAUUUUAGUCAAGACUGGAAGGAUGGAAAGGCACUGGGUGCCCUGGUUGAUAGCUGUGCUCCAGGUUUGUGCCCUGACUGGGAAACCUGGGAUUCUCAUAAACCUGUCGACAAUGCACGAGAAGCAAUGCAACAGGCUGAUGACUGGUUGGGUGUUCCUCAGGUGAUUGCUCCAGAGGAAAUUAUCCAUCCCAAUGUUGAUGAACACUCAGUGAUGACAUACUUGUCUCAGUUCCCUAAAGCCAAACUCAAACCAGGGGCCCCGCUUAAACCUAAGCUCAACCCUAAGAAAGCCAGAGCUUAUGGACCAGGUAUUGAACCAACUGGAAAUGUUGUUAUGCACCCUGCUAAAUUUACAGUGGAGACCAUCAGUGCUGGACAGGGAGAAGUACUGGUUUUUGUUGAGGAUCCAGAAGGAACCAGAGAAGAGGCACAAGUCACCCCAAAUAAUGACAAGAAUAAGACCUUCUCAGCAGUAUAUGUACCAAAAGUGACAGGACCUCACAAGAUUGUGGUGUUGUUUGCUGGACAGCAUAUUUCUAAGAGUCCCUUCACGGUUGAAAUCGAUAAAGCCAUGGGAGAUGCCAGUAAAGUAACUGCAAAAGGACCUGGCUUGGAAGCCACUGGAAAUAUAGCAAAUAAGCAAACAUACUUUGACAUAUACACAGCAGGUGCAGGUAUGGGAGAUGUGUCUGUGGUAAUAGUGGAUCCUCAAGGCAAAAACAAUACAGUGGAAGUCAUGAUUGAAGACAAAGGGAACAGCAUGUACCGCUGCACUUACAAACCCACACUAGCAGGACCACACACUAUCAACAUCCUGUUUGCUGAAGUCGCCAUCCCAAAGAGCCCACACUCUGUUAUCAUUGGGGAAGCCUGCAAUCCCAAUGCCUGCCGUGCAUAUGGUCGAGGCCUGCAGCCCAAAGGACUUAGGAUACGAGAAGCUGCAGACUUUCGAGUGGAUACUUCAGCAGCAGGGAGUGGCAAUCUUCAAGUUUCUGUAAAAGGCCCAAAGGGCAUUGAAGAGGCAUUGAGGCAGAAAGACCUUGCUGACACAAUGCAUUCAUAUGAGUACUAUCCAAUUACUCCAGGAAAAUAUGUUGCAACUAUCCUGUGGGGGGGACAUAACAUACCCAAGAGCCCAUUUGAAGUUCAGGUGGGUCCUGAAUAUGGACCACAGAAGAUCCGAGCAUGGGGCCCAGGACUUGAGGGUGGAAUGGUAGGCAAGUCUGCUGAUUUUGUGGUGGAAACCAUUGGAACAGAUGUUGGUCCUCUAGGUUUUGCAAUUGAAGGACCAUCCCAAGCCAAGAUCGAAUGUGAUGACAAGAAUGACGGCUCAUGUGAUGUGAGAUAUUGGCCUACAGAACCUGGUGAAUAUGCUGUGCAUGUCCUAUGUGAUGAUGAAGACAUAAAAGACAGCCCGUUUAUGGCAAAUAUCCAGCCACUGUCAACAGCUUUCAGUCCUGAUAAGGUACAAGCUUAUGGUCCAGGUUUGGAAAGAACUGGCUGCACAGUGAACAAACCAGCAGAAUUUACAGUUGAUCCUAGAAAUGGUGGGAAAGCAUCUCUGAAGCUUUAUACACAGGAUGCAAGUGGAAACCCUGUUGAAAACCAGACAGUGCUCAAGAGUGAUGGAACAUAUGCCUGCUCAUACACACCGACCAAGGCAAUGAAGCACACUGUUGCUGUCGCUUGGGGUGGUGUCAACAUACCAAAUAGCCCAUUUAGGGUAAAUAUUGGGCCUGGCAGCCAUCCCCAGAAAGUGAAAGUAACUGGUCCGGGUGUAGAAAGAAGUGGCUUGAAAGCACAUGAACCGACACACUUCACAGUCGAUUGCAGUGAUGCAGGAGAAGGUGAUGUAAGUGUUGGCAUUAAGUGUGAUGCUCGUGUUAUCAGUGACAGAGAGGAGGACAUCGACUUUGAUAUCAUCCCUAACCCAAAUGAUACAUUUACUGUGAAGUAUACACCACCUGGUGCUGGACGUUACACCAUUAAAGUGCUGUUUGCUGGGCAGGAAAUUCCCAUCAGCCCUUUCCGAGUGCGAGUUGAUCCAUCACAUGAUGCUAGCAAAGUUAAAGCAGAAGGCCCUGGAUUAAGCAAAACUGGUGUGGAAAGUGGAAAGCCCACCCAUUUUACUGUAUAUACAAAAGGCUCAGGGAAGGCACCCUUGGACGUGCAAUUUGUUGGACCUACCAAAGCAGAUGCUGUGAAAGACUUUGAGAUUAUCGACAACUAUGAUUACUCUCACACUGUGAGAUAUACUCCCAUACAGCAGGGUAACUUGGGAGUCGCAGUGACCUAUGGCGGUGAUCCCAUUCCAAAGAGUCCUUUCAACGUUGGGGUUGUUGCACCCCUGGAUCUGAGCAAGGUUAUAGUCGAUGGGCUUGACAGUAGAGUCCAGGUUGGUCAAGACCAGGAAUUCACGGUAAACACUAAAGGAGCAGGUGGACAGGGUAAACUGGAUGUGCAGAUUUCCAGUCCUGCAAAGAAAGCAGUACCUUGCACAAUGGAACCAGUGAUUGGUAAAGAUCGCUGCAUUGCAAAGUAUAUCCCAAAGGAAGAAGGCCUCUAUAUGGUUGAUGUGUCUUAUGAUGGCCAUCCUAUCCCAGGAAGUCCAUUUGCUGUAGAUGCCAUGUUACCUCCAGAUCCUUCAAAGGUGAAAGCUUAUGGGCCAGGCCUUAAGGGAGGACUUGUAGGAAAACCAGCAGAUUUCACUAUUGACACUAAAGGUGCUGGAACUGGCGGCUUAGGCCUAACUGUUGAAGGACCUUGUGAAGCCAAAAUAGAAUGUUUAGACAAUGGAGAUGGCACCUGCUCUGUUUCUUAUCUUCCAACUGAACCUGGAGACUAUUUAAUCAACAUUCUUUUUGAAGAAAUCCACAUACCUGGCUCCCCUUUCAGAGCAGAUGUCAGUUUGCCCUUUGACCCCAGUAAGGUUGUUGCUUCUGGACCAGGCCUAGAACGCGGAAAAGUGGGUGAAGCUGGACUUCUCAAUGUUGACUGUUCAAAGGCUGGGCCUGGAAAGCUGAACAUGGAUGCAGUGUCUGAUUCUGGUUCCAAGGCUGAAGUCCAUGUUCAGGAUAACAAAGAUGGGACAUAUGCAAUUACUUAUGUCCCACUACAGGCUGGUAUGUAUACACUCGUGCUCAAGUAUGGUGACCAGACAGUACCACAAUUUCCUGCUCGUGUACAGGUUCUUCCUGCAGUAGACACCAGCAGAGUCAAAGUACUGGGUCCUGGAAUUGAUGGAAAAGGUGUUUUCAGAGAAGCCACAACACACUUUAUAGUGGAUGCAAGCCCUCUAACGAAGGUGGGAGGAAAUCAUAUCAAAGCACACAUAAUCAACCCUUCAGGAGCCAGCACUGACUGUCUUAUUAAGGACAACAAAGAUGGGACAUACGUAGUGGAGUACACUCCCUUUGAAAAAGGUGUUCAUGCUGUUGACAUAUUGUAUGAUGAUGUUCAGGUUCCAAGAAGCCCAUUCAAAGUGGAGGUCAGUGAAGGUUGUGAUCCCUCACGGGUACAGGCUCAUGGACCAGGACUCAAGGAAGGCUUGGCAGACAAACACAACACGUUUACUGUUGUAACAAGAGGUGCAGGCAUCGGUGGUCUUGGGAUAACUGUUGAAGGACCUUCAGAGUCCAAGAUGUCUUGUAAGGACAAUAAAGAUGGCAGCUGUACUGUGGAUUAUGUGCCUUAUGUACCUGGGGACUACGAUAUAAAUAUAACAUAUGGAGGGCAGCAUAUAACAGGUAGUCCUUUCAGAGUGCCUGUAAAAGAUGUGGUUGACCCUAGCAAGGUAAAGGUUAUAGGGCCUGGAGUUGGAACUGGAGUCCGAGCUAAAAUCCCACAACACUUCGCAGUAGACUGCAGCAAAGCUGGGACUGCACCUCUGAAUGUAUUGGUUCUGGGUCCUAAAGGUGUGGCAGAAUCUGUUGAAGUAAUCGAUAAUGGGGAAGGCACUCAUACAGUGAGUUAUACGCCAGUGGUAGAAGGUCCUUAUUCUAUCUCCAUCCACUAUGCAGAUGAGGAGAUCCCUUCUAGCCCAUUCAGGGUGAGAGUACUUCCUACCCACGAUGCUACAAAAGUACGGGUCAGUGGACCAGGCAUUACAACGGCAGGACUGCAGGCUAGCUUACCUGUGGAGUUUACCAUCGAUGCCAGAGAUGCUGGUGAAGGCCACUUAUCUGUUCAAAUUACAGAUCAAGAAGGAAAGCCAAAGGCAGCUAAUGUUUUUGAUAAUAAAGAUGGCACCUACACUGUAUCAUAUGUCCCAGACAAGACAGGUCGCUACACUAUUAUUAUUAAGUAUGGAGGUGAUGAGAUUCCAUCCUCACCGUACCGUGUUCGUGCAGGAGCUACAGGAGAUGCCAGCAAGUGCUUUGCAUCUGGUCCUGGGAUUGCACCAACAGUACAGAUUGGGGAAGAGGUUGGUUUUGUAGUUGAUACUAAAACUGCUGGCAAGGGUAAAGUGACCUGCACUGUCAUUACUCCAGAUGGUACAGAAGUUGAGGCAGAUGUCAUUGAAAAUGAAGAUGGGACAUAUGACAUCUUUUAUACAGCUUCUAAACCAGGGACAUACGUGGUUUACGUUCGCUUUGGAGGUGUGGACAUCCCUAACAGUCCAUUCAGAGUACUGGCUACAGAUGAAGUUCCGGUUGUGGAGCGACAACAAUCCGUAAAUGCAUAUCCCCCUGGAUUCCAGCCAUGGGUAACCGAUGGCUCCUAUAUACCUGUUGCAGAUAUGAAUGGCCUGGGCUUCCGACCAUUUGACAUUGUUAUUCCAUUCGCUUUCAGAAAAGGGGAAAUCACAGGAGAAGUUCGUAUGCCUUCAGGAAAAACUGCUAUCCCAGAAAUUACAGAUAACAAGGAUGGAACCAUAACUGUUCGGUACUCCCCCACUGAGAUGGGUCUGCAUGAGAUGCAUGUUAAGUACGAUGGCAGACACAUCCCGGAGAGCCCACUGCAGUUUUAUGUCAACUAUGCUAGCAGUGGCACAGUUUCGGCAUAUGGACCUGGUCUUGUGUAUGGAGUAGUCAAUAAGCCAGCUACCUUCACAAUUGUCACUGAAGAUGCAGGAGAGGGGGGACUGGAUUUGGCAAUUGAAGGACCAUCAAAAGCAGAAAUCAACUGUGUUGACAAUAAGGAUGGGACAUGUACUGUUACCUAUCUGCCAACACUGCCUGGGGACUACAGCAUACUCGUUAAGUACAACGACAAGCUCAUCCCAGGAAGUCCAUUCACUGCCAAAAUCACAGAUGACAGCAGAAGAAAGUCCCAUGUUAAGCUUGGCUCUGCAGCCGAUUUCUUACUGGACAUCACAGAGUCUGAUCUGAGCCUGUUGACUGCCUCCAUUAAAGCUCCAUCUGGCCAUGAUGAACCUUGCCUGCUGAAAAGGCUUCCUAACAACCACAUUGGUAUUUCCUUUAUUCCCCGAGAAGUUGGAGAGCAUCUCGUUAGUAUUAAGAAAAAUGGACACCAUGUGCCAAAUAGCCCAGUGACCAUUAUGGUGGUCCAGUCUGAGAUUGGAGAUGCUAGCAAGGUGAAGGCUGGUGGUCGUGGACUUGUAGAAGGGCAAACCUUUGAGGUGUCAGACUUCAUUGUGGACACAAGGGAAGCAGGGUAUGGUGGACUCUCCUUGUCAGUGGAAGGACCUAGUAAAGUGGACAUCCAGACAGAAGACAUGGAAGAUGGAACAUGCAGGGUGUCAUACUGUCCUACUGAGCCUGGCAUUUACAUUGUGUCUAUUAAGUUUGCUGAUGAGCACGUCCCAGGUAGUCCAUUCACUGUUCGAGUCACUGGUGAGGGUCGAGUGAGAGAAAGUAUCACUCGUAAGCAGCGUGCUGCUUCAGUGGCAACAGUUGGAAGCGUCUGUGACCUAAACUUGAAACUUCCAGAAAUUGACGUCCGAGAUAUGUCUGCUCAAGUUACCAGUCCAUCAAGGAAAACUGAAGAUGCUGAAAUUAUUGAGGCUGGUAAAAACACAUACUGUGUUCGCUUUAUACCAGAGGAAAUGGGUGUUCAUACAGUUAGUGUGAAGUACCGUGGGCAACAUGUCCCGGGUAGCCCCUUCCAGUUCACUGUUGGACCUCUUGGUGAAGGUGGAUCACAGAAAGUACGAGCUGGAGGCCCUGGUCUUGAAAGGGGAGAAGCAGGGGUGCCAGCGGAAUUCAGUAUUUGGACUCGUGAAGCAGGUGCUGGUGGUCUCUCCAUUGCAGUUGAAGGCCCCAGUAGGGCAGAGAUUUCAUUUGAAGACAGGAAGGAUGGAUCCUGUGGAGUGUCGUACAUUGCACAAGAACCUGGUGACUAUGAAGUGUCGAUUAAGUUCAAUGAUGAACACAUCCCUGAAAGCCCUUUCUUGGUUCCUAUCAUCGCUCCAUCAGACGAUGCUCGUAGAGUCACUGUAACUAGUCUUCAGGAAUCCGGACUUAAAGUUAACCAACCAGUAUCAUUUGCUGUGAGACUUAAUGGUGCAAAAGGUGCCGUUGAUGCUAAGGUGCACAGCCCUUCUGGAGCCGUGGAGGAAUGCCAUGUUUCCGAACUGGAGCCAGACAAAUAUGCCAUUCGUUUCAUCCCACAUGAAUUUGGUGUCCAUACAAUAGAUGUGAAGUUUAAUGGAAGUCAUAUUCCUGGCAGCCCCUUUAAAGUUCGAGUUGGUGAACCAGGACAGGCAGGAGAUCCUAGCCUUGUUGCAGCAUAUGGAACAGGCCUUGAAAGAGGCACAACAGGUUGUCAGUCUGAGUUCACAAUUAACACUUCAAGAGCUGGACCCGGGGCUUUGUGUGUAACAAUUGAAGGACCUUCUAAAGUACAGAUGGACUGUCAGGAAAGUCCUGACGGUUAUAGAGUCUUGUAUACACCCAUGGCCCCUGGAACUUAUCAUAUUGGAAUUAAGUAUGGAGGUCCUAAUCAUAUAAAAGGCAGUCCCUUCAAGGCAAAUGUUACAGGUUCCCGUUUAAUUGGUAUUGGUGGUACAAGUGAAACAUCUACAAUUACAGUUGACUCUGCAACAAGGGCUUCACUAGUGAGUUCCUAUAGCCCACUGUCCAGAUUUACAUCAGAUUCGACGAAGGUUGUCCCAAAAGGUUUGGGUCUCACAAAGGCUUAUAUAGGCCAGAAAAACAGUUUCUCCGUUGAUUGCAGUAAUGCUGGUACAAACAUGUUAUUGGUUGGUGUACAUGGACCUACAACACCAUGUGAAGAGGUCUCUGUGAAACACAUGGGUGGACAGCAGUACAACGUGAUUUACAUUGUGAGGGAAAAGGGUGAUUAUGUUCUUGCUGUAAAAUGGGGUGAAGAGCACAUUCCAGGCAGUCCCUUCCAUAUCACAGUUCCUUAAAAACAGAUUAUUUGAUGGAACUCUCCUGCACCACUUGGGUGUAUUUUAAAGCCCCAGACUGGGCCAUUCCAGAAUUGCAUGUCAGUAAAUGAAACACAUUUGUCAAAGAUGAUUUGCUUUUCCCUCCUCUGUUCGUAUAAUGUUAUGGUUUCAUUUGGUUUCAUGUAAAGUGCAGAUUUUGGUGCACGUGUUUUUAGUAGCAAGUAAAUCGUCUUACCAUGAUUAGCCCCUGAUAAGACUCACAGGAAAACAUUAACACUAAUAAUAUAAAGUUUUUUAUAUCCAUUGGAAACUAAAAACUGGAACUCCUUGGCAUUCCCCUUUUGGAUUUAUGUUACUGCUGGAAAAAUAAUUUGUGUGCCUGAUGUUUGGCUUAGUUGUUCUUAGACAGUAAAGUACUUCGAUGAUCCAGAAAAAUACACCGAACAUCAUAACCAUUUUAAUUCAGUAAUUAAUCUGUGGCAUAUUGUAUGUGCCUUUUUGCUUACUCAGGACUUUGUUUUGGUACAGUUUAACUGGGAAAUUGACCAUCUUUAUUUUCAAAUGAAUUAAAUCUAGUUGGUUAGAUUUGCAAGCUGCAUUCUAGAAUGCCAUGUUGAGUUCUGCUGAUUAUAGUUUGAAACAUGAAGUUUUGCUGCAGAAAAUUUCCUUGAGUAUAAGACUUUUACUGCCAGAAAAGCCACUACUGUGAGUGAGUGAGUGAGUGAGUGAAAGAAUCCCUUAGUAGAAAUAGGGUCUGUAGUAAGUAACCUUUCCACAUUUUGUAUCUUCAGAGCACACAGACUGAAUGUGUGUAUUAAAACACAUUAGGCCAAAGCAGAGUACAAAGCCUAGAAAAAUGUGCCUUUUUAGAAGCAGUGUUGUUAGGUUGUGUAAUGCAGCUCUGUAAACUUAAGGAAAUUAAAAAUGUAUGUAAACCCCUAAAAAUCAUUCAGUUUAAAUGCAAUAACUUUGGAGCUUUUAUGCCUCCUUUUUUGUUUUGUUUUGUAAUUUUAAAGAAAAUAAUAUAAGUAAAAUAUUAAAGAUGUGGGUGGGGGGAUUUUUUAUUUAAAGGAAAGAAAAGCAAUAGGUAAUGCUUUUAUGACCUGCUGCUGUUUUGGCAUUCAUUCCUGUCGAGACUGUUUUUAGCUUUAAAUGCAUAUAUGCUUUGGGAAAUAUUAGUUUGACUACAUUGAAAAGUUGUAACAAGUGUUUUGUUAAUUUUGCCUGCAGCAACUGGUUAAUUAGGUAAAACACUAGUUUUGUAAUGAGCCAAUUUUGUGCAAGGACUGAAAUACACUAAAUGACAGAGAUCUUAUAAAUAAAUAUAUAUAUUUUUUGCAUUUAUUAUGCUUUUGUGCCUUACUGUGAAAAGCUUAACCAGAAUGUAAAGUAGUAGAUACAAAAAAUAAAUAAAAAAUGUUUAAUGAAAUACA